AUUUGCGACCCUCUCCACCCUCCCCGGCUGGCGUGUGGAUGCGGCCCGGGGUGUCUGGCUGCGAGGGUGGCGAGAGCAGAUGCUGAGGGGCCGCAGGAGGAUGGAGAGCAGCCUCGAUGCGCAGAGUUUGAUCAGUAUUUCCCUGCGGAAGAUCCACAGCUCCCGCACGCAGCGAGGCGGCAUCAAGCUCCACAAGAACCUGCUCGUCUCCUAUGUGCUCCGCAACGCCCGGCAGCUCUACCUGAGCGAGCGCUACGCCGAGCUGUGCCGCCGGCAGCAGCACUACCCGGAGGGCGCCGCGCUGCUCGCCAUGCCCGCCGCCUGCCCGCCCGCCGCGCCGGAGCCGCCGCCGCCGCCGCCCGCGCGCCCGGGCGCGGAGCUCCUCGAGGGCCCCGUGUGCGCGGCGCCCGCCGAGCUGCAGCGCGCGCCCUGCAGAGACUCGUGCCCCGCUUUCUACCGGGCCGCCGCUCCCGGUACCGGUGCCGCUGCGGGGCUGCUCUACGCCGCCGCCUGCGACUCGCCGCCGCACUGUAGCAGCCGCACCACCGUGCUGGAUUUGGACACUCACGUCGUGACCACGGUGGAGAACGGCUACCUGCACCAGGACUGCUGCUCGCAGUGCCCCUGCUGCUGCCAGCCCGCGCCCGCCUCCCCGCCGCCCGCGCCGGGCGCCAAGCGCAAGUAUUACCCGGGGCACGAGGAAGAGGAGGAGGAGGAGGGGGUGGAGGAAGGGGAGCCGGGGGGAGGCGGGGUGGCGGGCGGCCCCCCCUUCGCCCCGUGCACCAAGCGCGCCCGCUUCGAGGAGUACAGCGCCGAGCACCCGCAGGACUCUAACAACAUCUCCAACUUGAUCUCCAUCUUCGGCUCCGGUUUCACGGGGCUCGUGAGCCGGCAGCAGGACUCGGAGCAGCCGCUCAACGGGCAGCUGUGCAGCAAGCAGGCGCUGGCGAGCCUCGGAGCCUGGACUCGCGCCAUCGUCGCCUUCUAGGGGGCGCGGGCAGCAGCGGGGGGACCCCCCGGCUCUGG